GUGCGCAGGCUCCGAUUGGCUCCUGGGCGAAGUUAGUGGCACUCUUGCGGUCCAGUCCCGCGCCGUCUCCAAGGGCUGCGCGCGCUCCUCCCUUCACAGCAGUGGAGAAACAACAUGGUAGCGCCUAUGCACAACCUGCGCGGUGUGCCAGCAUUGCAGAGGGUAUCAUGUUCGGCAGCGGCGUGAAAGAACACGGCUUAUGAUGAACAUGUUGGCAGCGACAGAAACUGAUCCCCGCGAAUGACAGUUCCUGAACUCAUCCUCCGUGCCUGGACGCGGCUCAGCCAGUGUGCAGUGGAGUAGUGUGAGGGAGAGGACCUGCGCUCGUCUCGGCUGCUCUGCUCUGAUCUGAUCUGCUCAGCGCAUGCAUGGACACACCAGCAUGAGGAUACAGAUUCUCCAUACUUUUGGACCCACAUGUGGAUAUCUCUUAUAGCUCUGGGAAGGAAGCACCACUGAGCAAACGUUACAAAGAUUUGCAGUCUAUUCAUCCUUCAGUCCCAGUCACAGUGCCAUGGCUUUUGAAAUGAUGCAUCUUGGGCCUGAUUCGCCAUGCCACUGAAGUCAUCGCCACGCCAUCUCCGCUGAUGCUGAACAAUGGGCAACGUUGAAAGCCAAAGCGGGGACCAUGCCUACUACAGGGCAGGCCACGGCCACCUGUCCCGCAAGCACAUGUCCCGCUCGCUACGCAUCUCCAACAAGCAGUCCCGCCACGGACACCCGCACCACGGGCACCCCAACCCCCGCCACGCCGGCGGCGGAGGGGGCAAGAUGGAGCACCGCAACUCGGAGACCAGCACGCGCUCCAGCAGCACGCCCAGCAUCCCCCAGUCACUGGCCGACAACGGCCUGGAGCCCUUCAACGACACCAACCCGCUGUCCGACUUCAGCAGCCCCAUCUGGGUGGACCGCGUGGCCAUGAACCUCAGGCCUAUGUCCUUCCACAACGACCAGGCUAACGUGGGGAGUGAAGGGGCGGAGGGGUGUGCUGGUAGCCCCCCUCCUGUCACCGGGUCUUGUCCAGGCGUGGGAGUAGGAGUGGACGUUCGGGGGGAGGGUGACGCGACGGGGGCUGGGGCAGGGGCGGCGGCGGCGUGCGUCCUCAGGACGAGGGACGGCCCUCGGGAGCCAGUGGCGGUGACGUUCAAGAAGCGGCGCUCCAAGUCAGCGGACAUGUGGCGCGAGGACAGCCUGGAGCUGUCCCUGUCUGACCUGAGCCAGGCGCACCUGACCAGCACAGAGGAGAUCGGGGACAGCCUGGGACUGGGCCUGGGUGACGAUGACCCAGACUUCCAGGACAUGGGCCCCCACCCCCACCGCCACCGGCUGCAGUCUAGCCCACACGGCCUGCAGCUGGAGCUGGAGCUGGACCUCGGGCUGGACCCGGCGGACCGGGACCGGGCCAACUCUCUGGACGAGCUGUAUGGCGGGCCGCCGCGCACCAAGAGCCCCGGGUGCCGUGCGCACACCACGGGCCGACGCUUCACCAAGUGGCACAAGGCGGCGGUGGUGACACCGGGCACAGAGGAGAGCGAGGACGACAAGAUGAUCUCGCCGGCGGAGGACGAUAGCGGCGCGUAUGGGGCCUACACGCUGCCCUGCCGGCGCUCGCACUGCCUGUCGGAGGGGCUCGCCAUAUACCAGGCGGCCAUGUCUGCCAGCCGACGGGCUCAGACCAUACAGGCCACAGAGGACGGCGGAGAGGAUGUCACGGGCGAGGGCAGUGAGUACGACGACAGCGGCAUCGAUGCGGUGACCGUGGAUACGGAGCAUCCUCCUCAUCCCCAGCAUCAGCACCAGCAGCAGCAGCAGCAGCGGCGCUACAAGACCAUGUCGGCCUCCUUCUCCCUCUACUCCACGCCGGGCCGCAGCGGCUUCGCGGGGAGCGACAGCGCCUCCUCCAGCAGCGGGGGAGGCGGCAGCAGCAGCGGCGGGGCGGAGGGCGAGAUCGGGGGGGUCGGAGUCGGGGGCAGGAGCGGCAGCGCCAGCGGGGGCAGCGGUGGGAGCGGCAGCCGGCGUGGCAUUGGACGAGGUGACGUCCAAGGCGUCUAUGAGAACUUCCGGCAGGAGCUGGAGAUGAGCCGUUGCCAGGGCGAUGGGAUGGCGGAGGAGGUGGCGUCAGCGCUUAGCGACGAGCAGAGCAGCGGCACGAUGGGCUCCGCCUACCACACCGACCCGCUGCUCGCCGCCGUCGCCCAGGGAACCGUGCGCAAGGCCGGACGACUGGCCGUCAAGAACUUCCUGGUGCACAAGAAGAACAAGAAGGUGGAGCUGGCCACCCGGCGCAAGUGGAAGAGCUACUGGGUCUCUCUCAAAGGGUGCACCCUGUUCUUCUACGAGACGGACGGGCGUUCGGGUAUCGACCACAACAGCAUCCCCAAGCAUGCGGUGUGGGCGGAGAACAGCAUCGUGCAGGCCGUGCCGGAGCACCCCAAAAAGGACUUUGUCUUCUGCCUCAGCAACUCGCUGGGAGACUCCUUUCUCUUCCAGACCUGCAGCCAGACGGAGCUUGAGAACUGGAUCACGGCCAUCCACUCUGCGUGCGCGGCGGCGGUCGCCCGGCAACACCACCGCGAGGACACGGUGCGUCUGCUGCGCGGCGAGAUCAAGAAGCUGGAGCAGAAGAUCGACAUGGACGAGAAGAUGAAGAAGAUGGGGGACAUGCAGCUGUCAGCCGUCUCAGACACCAAGAAGAGGAAGACCAUCCUGGAACAGAUCUUCCUGUGGGAGCAGAACCUUGAGCAGUUCCACAUGGACCUGUUCCGCUUCCGCUGUUACCUUUCCAGCCUGCAGGGCGGCGAGCUUCCCAACCCCAAGCGGCUGCUGGCCUUUGCCUCGCGCCCCACCAAGCUCGCCAUGGGCCGUCUCGGCAUCUUCUCCGUCUCCUCCUUCCAUGCCCUGGUGGCUGCUCGUACGGAGAGCGGAGUGAGGAGGCGUACCCAUGCCAUGAGUCGCUCGGCCAGCAAGCGCAAGAGCCGCUUCUCCUCCCUCUGGGGCCUGGACACCACCUCCAAGAAGAAGACCAAGGGACACCCCAGCAUCAACCAGGUGUUUGCGGAUGGGAACGAGCCAGCUAAGAAGCCCCUGGACAGCAUGUUUGAGCGUGCAGUGCGGGAGACCACGAAGGGCGAAGAGGUGCCCGUGAAGAGCCUUCCAAGGCCCAACACAGAGCAUGACAUCUGGGCGUCGGACCACCUGACCCCUUCCUGGGUAUGCCUGCCCAACGACCAGCCGGUACUCGCCAUCAUCCAGCCUGGGGAGUCGGCUCUGGAUGCCCUGGAGACCAUCUGCAAGGCACACCAGUUGGAUUCCACCAAGCACUAUCUCCGCCUGAAGUUCCUCAUUGAGAACCAGGUGCAGUUCUACAUCCCUAAACCUGAGGAGGAUGUCUAUGACUUGCUCUACAAAGAGAUUGAGCUCUGCUCCAAAAUCAAGAAGGUGGUGCAGUUUGACCGUGACGAGUCCUGCAUGAUUGGCUACGGGUUCUCCAUCUCUGUGGUGGAGGAGGAGGGCGAGCAGCAGCUCUAUAUCACCGAUGUGAGGGCAGGAGGACUAGCCUUCGCCAAAGGCUUGAACGCGGGUGAUGAGAUCCUGCAGCUGAACGGGAAGCCGUCCACCAGCCUGACGUUUGCGGACAUGAAGCUGGCCUUCUCGGCGGCCUCGCUGGCGCUGACGGUCAGUGCCCUGCCCCCCGUGGAGAGACGCCAGCUGUGCUACCUGCCUCCGCGACGCUCCGACGCCACAGACGACCUCUACACUGACAUCUUCUCCCAGAGCCAAGAGGAGAUCCUGGACGAUGGCGUGGGUCUCAUCCUGGAGACGUCUGGAGACAGCCUGGACGACGACUCUGACAUAUUCAGCGAUUCCGACGUCUUCAGAAAGAGCACAGAGCAGGUCGCGGCGUUCUGCCGGAGUCUCCACGACAUGAAUCCGUCCGAGUGUGCUGCCGCCGCCGCUGCUGCUGCUGCCACUUCCUCCUCUCCCAGCCCCGAGUCCCCGUGCCCUCCGCCCGGUGCCAACACCAGCACCAGCUCCAGCUCCUCUGCCCGCCAGCUCUCCGACGCCGACAAGCUGCGCAAGGUCAUCUGCGAGCUGGUGGAGACGGAGCGCACCUAUGUCAAGGAUCUGAAUUGUCUCAUCGGGAGGUACUUAACCCCACUACAGAAGGAGACCUUUCUCACACAGGACGAGCUGGACGUGUUGUUCGGUAACCUGCCGGAGAUGGUGGAGUUCCAGGUGGAGUUCCUGAAGACGCUGGAGGAUGGCACCCGCCUGGUGCCCGACCUGGAGAAACUGGAGAGGGUGGACCAGUUUAAGAAAAUCCUCUUCUCUCUGGGUGGUUCCUUCCUCUACUACGCUGACCGCUUCAAGAUCUACAGCGCCUUCUGUGCCAGCCACACCAAGGUCCCCAAGGUGCUCGUCAAAGCUAAGACGGACGCGGACUUCAAGGCCUUCCUGGACGAGCGCAACCCCAAGCAGCAGCACUCGUACACGCUGGAGUCGUACCUCAUCAAGCCCAUCCAGAGGGUGCUCAAGUACCCCCUGCUGCUCAGGGAACUCUACUCCCUCACAGACCCCGACAGCGAGGAACACUACCACCUCGACGUGGCUGUCAAGGCCAUGAAUAAGGUUGCCAGCCACAUCAACGAGAUGCAGAAGAUCCACGAGGAGUUUGGGGCCGUGUUUGACCAGCUCAUAGCAGAGCAGACUGGAGACAGGAAAGAGGUAGCGGACCUGUCCAUGGGGGACCUGCUGCUGCACAGUACUGUGUCCUGGAUCAACCCCCCCGCCUCUCUGGGGAAGUGGAAGAAGGAGCCCCAGCUAGCCACAUUCGUCUUCAAGACAGCCGUCGUCUUUGUCUGCAAGGACGGUUCCAAGCAGAAGAAGAAAAUUGGCGGGUCUCACCGGGUGUCGGUGUCCAGCGAGGAAAAGGAUCCUUUCCGCUUCCGCCACAUGAUCUCCACCGACACACUGCAGGUCCGAGCUCUGGCCAAUACAGAUGGCGAGAACAGUGCUGUGUGUGAGAUCAUUCACAUCAAGUCCGAAUCAGAAGGGAGACCAGAGAGAGUAUUCCAUCUCUGCUGCAGCUCCCCCGAGAGCAAGAAGGACUUCCUGAAGACGGUGCACUCCAUCCUGCGGGACAAGCAGCGGCGGCAGCUGCUGAAGACGGAGAGCCUGCCGCCCAACCAGCAGUACGUGCCCUUUGGGGGCAAACGCCUCUGUGCCCUCAAGGGGGCCCGGCCCGCCAUGAACCGAGCAGUGUCGGCCCCGACGCGUACGCUUGGUCGCCGCAAGCUGGUGCGGAACCGCUUCACCAUCGACACGGACAUCGUCUUCGACAGCGAGCCCGGCAGCGGCGGCGAUCCCAACCAGGACCCGGACACGCCCUCGCCCACCUCGCCCGACUCCCAUGAUCCUCUGCUGCAGCAGCAGCGGCAGCAGCAGCCUCCGUCGCCUGCGGGCGGCGUGCUGGCCGACACGGACCGCUGGGUGGAGGAGCAGUUCGACCUGGAGGGCUACGAGGACCCCGAGGACCCCGCCUCCACCUCCGUCGCCUCGGCGACCGCCUCCUGCUCUGUCGUCAAGGAGACGGAUAUACUGAGUGACGACGAUGCCACGGACGACUGCGGUCGCCGAGCGACGGGCUCCGCUCACGACGCGCUGCGAUUGGAGGGCCCCAUGUCCGGCCUCUCGCUGGAGGAAGAAGAGGCACGCGAGGAGGAGGAUGAUGAUGAUGAGGAGGAGGAAGAAGAGGAGGAGGAGGGGAGCAGUGCAGCUGUGGAGGGGGACACUAAGACCCUGAGACCCGCGGGCCCGCUCAGGCUGUCUCUUAUGGGGAAGCAGAGUGCCAUGUCAGUGGCCAGUGUGGAGGACCAGGAACAAGGGGAGCAGGAGGAGGUCCAGCCCAGCCAAGGGGAGGUCAUCUGGGUACGGAGAGACGAGCAGGCCCCCUCCACUCCGGACUCUGAGGCCCAGAAGCACACGCAGAGCUAGGCAAAGCCUGACCUACCUAUAUAUCUGCAGCGAACAAAACAAACAAACGAACAAAAAAUCAAAUAAAUAAUAUCCAGUAAAAUAAUAAACUAUGAUAAUGACGAGGAUCAUUUUUUAAGACGCUGCAUCUGUCACCAGAACAUGACACGUCGUACCAUGUCACGUCACAUCACGUCACAGCAAGGACAUUGUGUGACAUUUUAGCGUCUGGACACUGUCGUCUGGCCACUGAGCUGUCCGCCUGUGCUGCAUGGGCCUCCCUCGUCUGCACUGCACUGUAGUCACUGUAUGGGCCACUGCCUACAGAGCAUCCCACGCUAAUAACAACAGUAAUAUUAUUAUGAAUCAUAUUAUUACCCACAUAUGUUACGUACAUACACAUGCGUAUGGCUGUAUUAAUCCGAGCCAUUUCCGCUCACCAAUGCUCCGCUUCUGAUUGGAGCAAUGCCACAUGACUGAUGUCCGAUGUCUGAGCUGGCCAAUCAGAGAAGAGAGUGGGAGGGGUUUAGACUGCACAAUCAUGAGGAUGGGCCUUUUUCACGUGACGUCAGACAACUUCGUUUGAAUGUGUUUGAAGCAGGUGUAAGUUGCAUCCGUUGGCAUAGACAUAUUAUACAUGGGUCAAUACUUUUUUUUCGGCUCAGAUGUCAGAUGGCACAACGAUAUCUAAUUCCCAUAAAUUAGUUAGUACUUGGUGGUUGAUAUGCUGCAAUGAAUAUGCUUCUUAGAUACCCCCUAAAAACAAACAAGCAAAAAAAAGCAAACAAUAGUGGCAUUGGCUGUCGUUGCGCCACCCUGACGCGUGCUACUGCUGAAACGUCACUGACAAACAUACACGCUGGUCAGCCUGAAACCAGCAGUCGAAUAUACUGCACCUGUUUCGCUUCAAAACAUACCGUAACUUGUUUGGCGUCACGGCGAGAAAAGCUAAUUAAUCGAGGAUCAGGAUUGCACAUAUAGUUUGCCCGGCAGCUGCCUCUGGACUGCCAAUUGCUGCCAAAACGGGAGUGGAUAUAAGAUAUUACGUUUCUCCCCUUGGAUGGGGUAUGAGUUACUGUUGUGUCAGGUGAAAGGGCUGAGCCUAAGUCCAUAAAAUUUCAAUCAGAAUCGUCUUGUCAAAAGUGGUCAAAUAUAUAAUAUUUUUUUCCAUGUGUCUAGAUGUGACGCUUCUGGGGCAGGUUUUUUUCUUUGUUGGUUGUAUAUAUUUUCAUUAUGAUAUGUUUGAAUUGUCUUGUUUGUUUUGCAUAAAAAAAUCUCUUUCAAAGUGACAGAUCAUUCGACACCAUGUCAUGAUUUCAGAAAAAAUGCCCACUCACACUCACUCGCACACUCAUAAGUCCCAGAGAAGAUAUUUCCAUUUUAGUCAUUGUCAUUUUAACUUAACAAAUCCUGUGUUACUUGAAUUGCUUUCAUUUACAAAUGAAUCAGCCUGGCUUGCCAUGAAUUAGGUUUUUUGUUUGUAUGUUUGUUUAUUUUUGUUUACGCCAUGGUCCACCACUGUCCCACCAUAGGGGUAUUCCAUGAACAUGGUGAAGUGACAAACCUGACUAAGUUAACCUCCAGGAAGUGGUAAACCUGCUAAAAGAUAGCCCACAGGUGUCAUUUAAUUAAGUAUGAGGACUCCAGGCUCUUCUAUUAGAUGAUUUACCACUACCUCAAGGUUAACUUAACCUGCUUUACUACUGAGCCAGGUUCUUGGCAUACCCCCUUGUCUCUAGGUCAAGCAGGUUGCACGCAGUGCAUGUCCACACAAAUCUCUUGCACAUUUACUAGAAGUAUUUUGUUUAAGGAGGGAGACAAAAAAACAGACAUGAAUAACCCUUAAUGUGUUGACCAAAUAAUGUCUGUAAUUUAUAUUACAUGUUACAUUGUAAGCAUUAUUUUUUUCAAGGAGAUAGUGGAACGGUCACAGCCAUUGUGCACGUUUUUUUGUCGUUGUUGUUUUUGUUUUUAUUUGUCAUAUUGUUCCAAAUUGUGCUCAAUGCAAUCAAAAUGGUGGAACAUGAACAAACUGGAAGAAUUAAAUGUGUACAUAUACAUUUCAGGUGCAUUUUAAAAAAUGAACACACACAUUGUUCUCCACAGACUGCAUUUUUUUAUUUUGUAAAUAUGACUGUAUUGAUAUUAUAUCAAAUAAAUUGUUUUCUUACAUA